AUGGCGUACAGUGCUGCUCUAGAGGAGGCGAAUCAACCGAUCUCACCUCCCGAGGCGACGGUACGCAAUCGGCUACCUACCCUCUUUGAGGUGCUCUGCCGUCGUACACAUCCUCCCGUCGACCUGUUCUCCUUCUACAUUUAUAUGCGAGACCAGCAACGUUCCGUUGAUUACUUGGAUUUCUGGUUGGACGUAGCCCAGCAUAUGUCGCUCUGUCGUCACUACGUUCGCGAACUUAGGCGGUCCGUUCUUGUGGGCACACCCGACCUGGAGACGGAGGAAUCUAAGCGAUCUUCCAGAAUCCUCGAAGCUAUGGGCGAUCUGUCAGGUCCUGCAAGAUUUAACGAUGAGCAAGGAAGAGAUAGAGAUGCUCAGAUUUCCACUUAUUUGCGUGAGCAACCCGCGCCCGGUGGCAUCCACGAUUCCCCGGUUAGCAGCCUGGAACGAAGAGCCCGAGCUAGCACCCAGCUUAGUUCCGGCACGCCGCAUCACAUCACCGAUUCCAAUUCGCCCGAGCAUAGCGUGGCCCGACGUGAUAUCCGAGCGUCUGCGGAAAAGAUUCUCUACACGUUCCUGCUCCCCGGCGCUGAACGUGAGAUCACCUUAGAUGGUUCGAUUGCGGCAGAGAUUACCCAAGCUAUCGAGGAAGACAACCGUGACGAUCCCGAGCUUUUCGACGUCGCUAAGGACUACGUAUUUCAAGCGAUGGAGCGUGAUGCGUUUCCGGGCUUCCUCCGUGCUCGUGCCUUUGGCAACCUGGUCCCUCCUACUCUCAUUGCGAGACUGAUUAUUGGUCUUAUCGCUCUGUUUGGAGCUUUCUGGACAGGAUUCAACCUAAUCUUUCUCGACCGUUCCCGCCUAGAACGAUGCUGGGAAAUUCUGCCAUUUACUAUUGGCGUCUACUUUCUCGCAUCAUAUCAGUACUCUCUGGAUCCUAUCAUGGCACUUGCCGGCUUUAGCGAGUUGACGCCGCUACAGUUCACCCGCAUUAGAGAGCCGUAUGUUCGCAAGCUGCUGAUCCAGCGUUCCCUCGUGGUCCUAGCCGUGACAGCAAUAGUUGACGCAGCACUUUGCGUGCUGUUUAUCUUCGUACCCGGUCACAGGCUAUAA